CACGGACACGGUCUCGCCUUCAGAUUUCGCCGACACAACAUUCCUCCGCACAGGCAAAGGAACCCACACUCUUUUUGGAUACUUUUUUUUUUUUCAGAUUUUAAUGCCUGAGUUAAUAAUUCAUUUAGCACUACUCUCGGGUAGUUUGCAUAUCUUUUCUUUUGGCGAAGAGCGGCUGCGGUGCGGGGCUGAAUUUAUCCGCAAGAUGGGGUCAUCUGUGCUCCCUCUCUCCAGCUGUGUUUAGGUGCUCUCUCCCAGCCCCUCUCUGGAUGCAUCAGACUCCUCUGCCCCGGGGCCCUGGACCCGGUGUGUGACCCAGCCACUCUCACCCCAUCCCCCCUCUCUUUCCUCUCCCUCUGCCCCAAACUCCUUUCCACCUGUCCACCUCUGCGCUCCUGUUCUGGGCCCCCUGCCUCUCGACCAGCGGGCAGAGGCAGGGGGCCAUGGCGCCAUGGUAGUCUUCAGCGGACGCAACCCCCUCGCCAUGAGCAGCGUGACCCCUCCGGAGGGCAGGGUUCAGAGGUCAAACUCUACCCUGCAUCACUACAAGCCCUUCAGCUCACAUGCACACUACCAGCAGGUGAUGCGUGCAUUGCGUAAGCUGCAGGAGAGUGGGUUUUACUGGGGGGCUGUGGGAGGCCGGGAAGCCAGCGUCCUGCUACGCUCUGAGCCGCCCGGCACCUUUCUGAUCCGCGACUCCUCGGACCACCACCACUUCUUCACCCUCUCUGUCCAGACGGCUCGAGGAACCAAGAACCUGCGCAUUCACAGCGAGGGAGGCGGCUUCUACCUGCAGCCAGACCCCCAAAACACCCAAGCGCUCCGGCAGUUUGAUUGCGUGCUGAAACUCGUAGCGCACUACAUGGGGAAGGGGCCGGACUCAAGAGAGGCGGAGAAGACGGGGUGCAGCGUGUAUCUCAUCCACACCAGCGGAGAGAGGAUUCCCUUGGAACUGCGGCGGCCCCUCUCAAGUUCUCUCUCCUCCCUGCAGCACAUGUGCAGGAGGACCCUGAACAAUCUGGGGGGGUCGGAGCGAGCGGAGCAGCUCCCGCACACACUUAGAGACUUCCUGGAGGAGUACGACGCUCCCAUAUGACUGACGGGAACUGCAGAAGCUCCACCACAUGGACCAGGUGCCCGGAGGACGGCACAGACAAGUUCUCGGCGCGUCCGUGAAUAUGGGCGCCAUCAGAUGCCGACCAGAGUUAGCCUCAGAUGUCAAUGUGAGGUCAGUUUUUCAUUGUGUCCCAGAUCGGCUUCAACGCUGGUGGACACCAUCUAUAUAGUCUCCUGGGGGUCUGGGGCGAGGAGCGGGAUCUAGGUCACCAACGAUUACCUCGUCCAUCCGGCCUUUGCAAAAGAACUGACCACUAAUGUGAGUGGCAAACGAAGUCGGAGGUCAAAGGUCAAUGUUUUCUUAUGAUUGACUCAGACGCAGAGCACAGCCUCGUAGAAGAUUAACCCUAUUGGUCGAUAUUAACGACGACAGCGACGCCAUGAUCAAUGCACCGACCAGUGAUCCCCGAGGGUUAAAUGUGCCGAAGAAGAAACCGCUCCUCUCUCAGCCUGACAUUUACAACGCUUUGGAUCAGCGGACUGAAAGAAAGAUGACAAAGAACAGAAUGGUUCAGAGGGGGUGAAUGAAGGAGGAGUUAACAGAGAAAAGGCAAAGUCCAAACGUGGGCCGUGUGUGUGUGU